AUGUCGGGUUCCUCCAGCGUCACUGCUAUGGAGAAAGGGUUCCGCAGCUCCGCUGGAGGCCGGGUUCACCGGGAGGAGGCAGCUGCUGAUUGGAAACAAUUCUGUCUGCAGAAUGCUCAGCGUGACCUGCUGACGGGAGUGUCUUCCCGUACCAACCCCUUCCGACCCCAGAAAGCGUGCUCCUUCCUGUAG